GAUGUCGGAUGAAGAUGAUGUGGAAGAUGACUUUGAUCAGGAGCCGGAUGAAGUGGAAAAAGAAGAGGAUGACAAUGAGAUGGAGGACUGGGAAGACGACUACAGGAAGGAGGGGGAAGAAGUCUCUGAGGAAGGACCUCACAGACAUCUCCUUACUGCGCUCCUACAUCCACCUCCGCUACGUGGAUAUUUCUGAGAACCAUAUCACAGACAUGUCACCACUCAACAGUCUCACUCACCUACUGUGGCUCAAGGCAGACGGCAAUCAGCUCCGGAGCGCCCGGCUGAACGAACUGCCCUACCUGCAGAUCGCCAGUUUCUCCUACAACCAGAUCACAGACACCGAAGGCAUCAUCCAUCCCCGUCUGGGAAGCCUGGAUCUCAAAGGGAACCGCAUCCACCAGGUGACUGGUCUGGACCCCGAAAGACUGACUAACCUGCACACCCUGGAGCUUCGAGCGAACCAGCUGGAAACCACAAUAGGAAUCAACCUUCCCAAGCUAAAGAAUCUCUACCUGGCUCAAAACCUGCUGAAGAAGGUGGAAGGCCUGGAAAACUUGAGCAACCUGACCACUCUGCAUCUGCGAGACAACCAGAUUGAAACUCUGGACGGCUUCUCCAAGGAAAUGAAGUCUCUGCAGUACCUCAACUUGAGCCCAGCUGUCCUGGUUUGUAGACCAGGCUGGCUUCGAAAUCACGGAGCUCAACCUGCCUCUCCUCUGCCUGCUCAGUGCUGGGAAUGAAGGCACCGCCACCGUCCACCACCACGGGGCUUCUUUCUUCACUGCGAUGUUCCCCAGGCUGGCCCAGUCUCUCGGACUCAGCCUCCUGCACAGCUGAGGUUACCCACCACUAUGGCUGUUUUUCAGUGACUCACAGUCUGACUCCAGCACUCUUUUCCUGGCUGUAUCCUAUGUAAAUGCCUUUCUCCCUCUCCUAUGCCAGUUACCCUUUCCAUUCAUUCCUUGUCUCUUUUCUCUAAGCUGAACACUCCCUGUGAAGGACCGCCUUUACCUACGAUAGUUUAACAUACGAUGUAGCCCAGCAGAGGGGGGUGGCGGGAUGCGCCUGGGAUCCCAGAACUCAGGAGGCAGAGGCAGGCAGAUCUCUGAGUUUGAGGCCAGCCUGGUCUGCAGAGUGAUUUUCAGGACAGCCAGGGCUACACAGUAGAAGUCUGUCUUGGAAGGAAGGAAGGAAGGAGAGAAGGAAGGAAGGAAGGAAGGAGGGAAGGAAGGAAGGAAGGAAAAAACUUCAAGGCCAGAUGCUGUAGCAUAUGCCUAUAGUCUAGGGCUUGGAAGUCAACGGCGGCAGGAGAAUUGAUGCAAGUGUGAGGGAGAAGCCAGAUCCAUACGGUGCGUAGUUCUGUGCCAGCCAGGGGUACACAGUGGGAUUCAGUCAACAGCACUAACAGUAACAAAAAAACCAGAUGUGUGGCUCAUACCUAUAAUUCCAGCACUCAGGAACCCGAGGCAGGAGGAUUUCUGUGAGAUUGAGGCCAGCCUGGACUGCAGAGCCAGACUCUGUCACACCCCUCCUCCACACACACACACACACACACACACACACACACACACACACACACACACAAAGAUACACACACACAGAGACACACACACAGAGACACACACACAGAGACACACACGUGCGCGCACGCACACACACAACAUCACAACAUGCACACACGUGCUCGCACACACGUGCUCGCACACACGCGCGCGCACGCACACACACACGGAAGGAGGAAGGAGGAAGGAGGAGAUGGAUGAACACAUGCAGGGUCAGAGGGAUUUUUCUCUAAGCUCCUCUUUUCUGAUGGACAAUUCUUUCAAUUUUUUUUGUGGUUCUAUCAAUCAAACCCAGGGCUGUGUGCAUGUGAAAUCUGUACCCCAUCACUGAGCCCAACACAACGCCAGUAGAGCUCAGAGUGAGGAGUGCUCCUUGAGGCCCAGGGCACCUAUGGAGAUCAGUCUGCAAUACUUAACACUGGAUUCAUAAAUGUUCGAAACCACAGAGUUUUGGAAAGAAGAACA